UUAGUAUCUGUCGGUGAGGAUCACAGACAGUCCGUUCACCUUUGCCUCUGAGACAAGACCACGGGCUUGAGGUACAGGCAUGAAAGAUUCACAGCUCUCAGGUAAGAUGUUCCAAACUAAUAUAAUAAAAAAAAUAUUUUGUGGUAGAUGUUUGUGUUGUUAUUGAAAGGAUGGCAGCUUGUUCAGGCCUGAAAUAAGAUUGAAGUUAAUGUACUAAAGCACACACAACUAUGUCUAUAUCUCGAAUCGUUUAUUUAGAUUCUACUAUCCGAUGGAGUCAUAGAAAUGGUUUAUGUUCUUUGAUGUUUUGGGAUGUAGCUAGAUAUCUACUGUAGUUUUGUGUGCAGGGUUUGUGUUUUCAAAGCAGUGCUGCAACUUGAAAUGAUAGGUUUGUCAUCAUUAUUCCUGUUUGUGUCUCAGAAUUCUCAAUGAACAGGCAGCAUCAGAAGGAUGAUAUGAAAAAAACGAUUGGCAAUGUUCAACAAAUCUCACAGGAGUCCAACUGGUAAAUCUGAUUUGUGCUUCAAACUUUUGUAUAAGAUGCGCUGCAUUCUUGUCCACUGUCCUAUGUACAGGAGUCACACAGAGCUUGUCAAAUCAGGGUAUUAAAUCAUCCUCUUGGACAGCACUACCAAGACUGCGUCUAUAAACAGAGCUGUAAUCCUGCCUUGUAACGGCAGGGGUUCUUACACAGACACAGGUAACCCAAGAGGCCAUUGAUCUGGUCAUUCAGGGCCCUGGAUGACUCUGAAUUUAUACCUGCAGCAGAAACAGCAGCCAGGAUUAGAUCCUCCACACGUAGAUCAGGUUCAGAGAGUGAGAGAUGUUUUCUUCAGCGCAGUGAUAACUCUUCAUUUGUGCUUGAAUUAUCCAAUCAUUGACCUUUAGAACCCUAGGUAAGGCCAUAGUGGUUGUUUAACCUCUGAGGUUUUCUGUGACUGCUGAAUGACUGGAAGAUUGUGGUGCUUAUAACAGCUAGAUGGGUUGACAGAUAGGAUAUCCUGUAGGAGUGGGGCCAUUUAAACAUAUAUGUGAUCCUUGUUUAUCAGGGUGACAUAUCUUCUGGACUACAGUUAUCAUUUAGUUGAAUAUACUGGAAAUAAAUAAAUUUGUAUUUAAGUUUCAAAACACCAAGUUCCAAAUACAACACCUGGGUGUUCUGACUGUCUGAUUCUCUAGAGAUUUGGAUGUCUGACCCCUGACUUCUAGACUGGAUACAUCCAUCUCAUAACUCCCCUGAUCUCUGAUGACCCUAGGUGACCCCUUAUGACCUUAUAUCUCCUAGUAGAAGAGGUGAAUGUAGCUACGAUGAGGAACCUAAGAUGAUUUUACUUUGCUGUUCUUAAAUAUUGACACUUUACUUUAGAUAUGGCACUUCUGUUAGUGGUCUAGAAGGCCAUCACACAGUCACUAGCAUUCUUUGAAACUGGAGGUUAUAAUAAUGCUGACCAGCCGUGACAUCCUACUCACAGGACGUCACUAUGCAUGCAUGUUGAGAUGACAGUCAGAUGCUAAACCUGUGGAAAAUUGAUGUAGGUCAAUCUCAUUACCACUGUACUGCUGUAAGUCUUGUCUCCACAUCGGUCACAAACAGGACAUCACCUUCAGAAGGUAGACCUGUAGGAUCUGUGCCCCAGACAGGCAGACAGGUAGGCAUGGCUGGUUGAUUAACUGUGCACCUGUAGGCUGGAUAACCAGACUACCAAUGCCAUGCAAGGCCAGAGAGCAUGCUGGGACUUAUCUGUCGACAGUCCUGCACAUGUCGUAUCUGCAUGGUGCAUGCGCCAUCAUGCACAGUGUGCUCCGUUUACAAAACAUCCCCAUCUCUGUUCUGUUCCCCCGCGGGGGCUACAGGCAACCAAUCAAGACAGGUAUGGCCCAGAAGGAAGGAAGAGAAGAAGGAGAAGAAGACUGAGGCCGUGGUGGAGAAGGUGGUGAGGCCGCUAGCCUGGCUCAUCCCGGAGGUGACCACGGAGCAGAGGAUGAGGCAGACUCCAUUCGAGCGCGUCGUUUACGACAUGGUGCACAACGAGCGCGUGGUGAACGACCUGGUCCUGGGCCGCAGGGUGGGCUUCUACGAGCUGCGCGGGGACAUCGGAGAGGGGAACUUCUCUCACGUCCGCCUCGGCAUCCACGCUCUGACCAAAGAGAGAGUAGCCAUAAAGAUCAUGGACAAACUGCGUCUGGACAAGAAGUCCCAGAACCUGUUCACCUCUGAGAUCUCCUGCAUGGAGCGGCUGUCCCACCCUAACCUGGUGCGUCUCUACGAGGUGAUGGAGACCAGCAAGCGGCUGUACCUGGUCAUGGAGUACGGCAGUGGGGGAGACCUGUUCACCAGGAUCAUCAGCAAGGGACGCCUGUCAGACAUGGAGACCAAGCUCAUCUUCGCACAGAUACUGUCAGCUGUCAAACACAUGCACGACUCCAACAUCGUCCACCGGGACCUGAAGGCCGAGAACGUGUUCUACACCACCAGCUACUGCGUGAAGGUUGGAGACCUGGGCUUCAGCACAGUGAGCGGCACCAGCGAGGUCCUGGACACCUUCUGUGGCUCCCCGCCCUACGCUGCCCCUGAACUCUUCAGGGACAAGGGCUACGUGGGGCGCUAUGUUGACAUCUGGGCCCUGGGCAUCCUGCUUUACUUCAUGGUGACGGCCUCCACGCCCUUCCAUGCCGACAACCUGGGCCGGCUCAAGCGCUGCAUCCUGCAGGGCGCCUACUCCAUCCCCGACCACGUGGCCGACCCCUGCCAGCUCACCAUCAAAGGCCUGCUGCGUCCCGUGCCGGUCGACCGCCCCACCCUCUCCCAGAUCAUGAACAACAGCUGGCUGAGGGGCAUCGAGUACCCACAGCCCUACAGCCCCAUGCCAGUCACCCCAGAACACUUUGCAGAUACCCCCACCCAGGCCAAGGGCAAUGCCCAGCCCCAGGCCCAGCCCCAGCCCCAGGCCCAGGCCCAGGCCAAGCCCCAGCCCCAGCCCCAGCCUCUGUGUAUGGAGCAGCAGGAGGUGAAGAGCGCCCUGGCCGAGGUGGGCAUCACAGCGAUCCACAUUCAGAACAAUGAGUGCAAGGACAGCCGCAGUCCCAUCACGGGCACCUACCGGAUCCUGCUGCACAGGACCCAGAAGAGGAGCUCGGGGGAGGCGGUGGGGUACUCCUCCCUCUACCCCGAGGACUACGGGGCCAAAGCAGCUGCCGCCGUGGUGAAACACCACCCCACGUCUGUCUGUGUGCUUAUAUAGACACACCCACACGCAGUUACUGCCUGCUCCACCCUCGUGAAGUGGGGAGAAUCUCAGGAGGACGGAACACUGGACCAGGAAGAGAAAAUGUACGGACAGAACUUUUGAUAUGAAACCUCAAACACUUGUAUGCCUUCAACAUCGAUUAAAUUUAAAUAUGUAAUUAAUCAAAUUUGCAGUUGCACAGAUUGUAAAUAUUAUGUACAGUUUGUGUGUGUACCGUUUUAUUAGUGUAUAUCUAUGUGGAAGAAUAUGCAUUAGUGAAAGAUUUGGAUAAGAUCAAGUUUACAUUUUUUUUGUUGAUUUUAUAUAUUUUUAAAGGCACUGAAACUGUUAUAGUGCUGCGUAUUACUUGUGAAGUGACAAAUGGCAACGUAAGCAUUUUAUAUAAAUGAUUUAGUGCUGCUGUGUAUUCUGGAGUGUGAAUAGAUAUCACAUGAAAAGAGUUAAAACGUAUAGUAUUUUUUAAAGUCUAUAUCUGAAAAACAUAGCUAUGACGUAACGUUAAAAUAUUUCUAAAGAAAUUUGUAUGCUAUUUCAGACAUUUAAUAAAACAUGAUUCAAAGGCCAAUGUUGCCUACUUGCAAUUGCACUUCAGACCAGCAGGGGGCACCGUUUGACAACAGACGACCUCUCUUACACAAACAUGACUUAAUGGGCCUACAUUUGGGCCUACAUUUAGGCCUACAGAGUUCGAUAAAUUCAAUAUGACUGCAUAGAAAAUAUAAACUC